AUGGACUUGGAGAGGACAAAAGUAUACUCUCGUCAACAUAGAUCACAAACAGACACCUGUCAAUCUAGCAAUCAUCUAGGAAAGCGCGAACGAGAUGCCCAAGACUGUCGUGUCCUCAACCCUGCUUACUCAACACUAACAAGCAAACCGAGUGCCCUAGCAACAGACGGAUCAACUUCUCAGUCGGCAGGAUCAACUGCAAGGCUCAGCAGCCAAGUGUUAGGACCUGGUAGUAGAAAUCAAAUACAGUGUCCUUCGAGACAAGCUCAAGCUGUAGCAGAGCUUCUGGACAAUGCUGUAGAUGAGAUACCACAUGGUGCUACCAAAGUGUUGAUCGAUAGUUUCACCAAUCCGCGCGAUGGAUAUCCAUCAUUGCUCGUGCAAGAUGGGAAAGGAUUCAGGGCUGGCAUAAGCUACCUUGGUGCGAGUACUAUUGUUUUCAGCCGUCACGUGCAUUACGAAUACGAUCCGGUGACAGGUGAAACCACAAGAUAUGAACGCGAGCCAGGGCAGUUCUCUAUCAAUAUGUCAAUGCUGCUGAAAUUGUCGCCCUACAAUUCAGAGGAAGAGCUGCUACAAAAUUUUAACGACAUCGGUCCACAUGGAACAAAAAUCAUUGUGUUCAACCUGUUACGCAGCACUAAAGGCGACUUGGAUCUGGACUUCGACACUGACACGAAGGAUAUUAGAAUUAGUGUACCACCAACAAUGCAUCUAGAAAAUGAAGCUGCAGGGGAUCAAAGUAAUUUGGCCUAUGCUUCCAUCUUGUAUCUGGGCCUACCGAAGCACUUCAGAAUCAUUCUUCGGGGUGAAGAGGUUAAGCGUCGUAACCUUGUGACUGAGCUCAAGCAGAGUCAAUGCAUUAAAUACAGGCGCAGCAUGGCAGAAAGGGACGAUGAAGUGGUGCUAGGAUUCUUAGAUGGCGUAGCAGAUGCAGAUCGAUUCUGUUUCUACUAUAAACAGCGCCUUAUCCUGAUUCUCAAACAAAGACCGGAGCAUUGUGGGAGUUCUGCAGACCAAUUACCUGAAGCGGCAAGGAACAAGCAGGAUUUUCAGUGGUCGUCGGAGCUUAAAGCGCUGCUGAAGAUCCUAAAAAAUAUAACAACAGAAUUCUGGAAAAACCUGAAAGGAAAGGAGCUUAAAGAUGCUGCAUCCUGGCUAAGCUUGGCGCCUCCUGUUUCUCAUGAUGAAUCAAAUUUGAAGGAGAGCAACAUCACUUGGAUGCACUCCCAGAUCACCCCGUCUGUCCUGGCUCAUAGUGUGGGGCUGAUUUUUGAAACCAGCUUUAGCAGUAUGCCAGUUCCAAGAGCCCCAACACCAUGCCUUCCACUAUUCCCCAUCGCAUCAACCAGAGAUAAACAACAGAUGUUGACGGCCAUUGCGAACUCUUCGGAUGAAGGCACAAGCUCCAGUGGCAUUCCUGCUCGUCCUACAACGUUGCCAUUCGGGUGGAACAACGGUGGUCUGUCCUCACAUGGCAUCCAGAGAGCUCCUGCCCCUCAGCCUCUCACAUCUGCCAUGGCAUCACUGGCUAGAGACAGCCGACCAAUAAUACCAGUCGUGGCAAGCACCAAUGACUAUGGCCUGAACUUCAAGGGAAGCUCCACAUCUAUUGCACCUCGAGCUUUCCGAGCGUCAGCCUUCACCCAGCCUAAAAGAGGUGGGAUGGGGUUGAAUGGCAUCAUGAGAGCUCCAGCACCUCACCUAGCUGCAUGUUAUAUGCCAGCAACAGCUGGAGAGAGACACCGGUCAACGCUGGCAACGCAGGACGCCAUGGUGAACACCAUAGGUGGCUUGGCAUCCUCACAUUCAGGCCCAGCCAGGGCUAUGGUUGCUCUCCAUGAUCUGCCCAUCAAAAUGGAGCCAGAGGAUGGCGAUCCGCUGACUUAUGGUAAUAAUGCAAUUCCUCUGGCCGUUGGCGUGAUGAACACCGCUGCCGCAACCUCUUCUACCACAUCCAUUCGUGGGCCUGACGUGAUGGGCAUCGGAGACUGCAAAGCAUCUGCGUUCUGCCCAUGGUGUCCUCCUGGUUUCAAGCUGGACAAUGGCUCACCAAGCUCUUCAAGACAGGCACAAGAGUUACAGGAUGGAAGCAAACAAGAGGAACAAGAAGCCAAGCCACUGCUGAAUCUGUUCAAGCCAUAG